GAAGGAAGCAGCAGCAGCCGCCUCGUCGUGUUCCUCUGGAAGCAGCCCCCCUGGAUGCAGCGCAGCCUCUUCGACCCGGCCGACCUGCGCUCCCACCUUCCAUUAGCACCGUCGCCAUCGCUGCAGAUGUGUCUUCUUCCAAACGCGGAGGAAAUAAUGAGCGAAAACAUCUGGGCGCGGCACACUUCAGAGGAAGCUGCUCGGCUCUGUCGGAGGUCGCUCUUGCCUUUUGUAUUUCCUUGCUGCUGAAUGUCGUGUGGACAUUUUGGAUUUUGUUUUUUACUUCUAAGUGCUCCGCGUCGGUGAAGUCGCACACAGCGAGGACCCGGUUGUAGUGUGGUCGCUGUUUUUUUGCUUCGCACUCUUCCGGGUUGUUGUCUUUUAAUUGAGUAGCUCGGAUAUUUUAAAAAGUGAGGACAGAAGAAGCUUCGGCUCGUCGGGAGAACUUGAGGAGACGGUGGCUCUUUAAGUGGGCAGCGUUAGCUAGCUGCUAGCACUAGCCCCCCCCCCCCCCCAAAAAAGGACCCACACUGAAGUAACCACAAAUCCAGCUAAUGUCCACUUGCUUCAGCAUUUCUCUGAUACUCGCAGCCCGCCCACGGCCCGGACACCAUUUACCGACCCAGCGACUCCACAUCGACCGAGAUAAGCAAAUUGUUGCUGUCAUCUGCCAUCCACUGGCAUCCAGGCGCUUGAGUCCUAAAUGACAAGUGACUGAGGAUGUCCAAGCGGAGCUUGUUUGUUCGCCUAGUGCCCUGCCGCUGCUUGCGGGGUGAAGAGGAGGCGGUAACAUCGCUGGACUACUCCCACUGCAGCCUGGAGACUGUUCCUAAGGAGAUCUUUAACUUUGAGAAGACCCUGCAGGAACUCUAUCUCGAUGCCAACCAGAUCGAGGAACUGCCUAAACAACUGUUUAACUGCCAGUUACUACAUCGACUGAGCUUGCCAGAUAAUGACCUUACGGUGAUGCCAGCAGCGAUCGCAAACCUCAUCAAUCUCAGGGAGCUUGAUGUCAGCAAAAACAGUAUCCAGGAAUUUCCAGAAAACAUCAAGAACUGCAAAGUCCUAACUAUUGUAGAAGCCAGUGUGAAUCCCAUGUCAAAGCUCCCAGAUGGCUUCACACAGCUCCUGAGUCUGACGCAGCUCUACCUGAACGAUGCCUUUUUGGAGUUCCUACCAGCCAGCUUUGGCAGGUUGACAAAAUUACAGAUAUUGGAGCUGAGGGAGAACCAAUUAAAGAUGUUGCCAAAAAGCAUGCAGAAGCUCACGCAGCUGGAGAGGCUGGACCUGGGGAGUAAUGAGUUCACUGAAGUGCCUGAGGUGUUGGAGCAGCUGACUGGAAUCAAGGAACUCUGGAUGGAUGGGAACAGACUGACGUUUUUACCUGGGAUGGUUGGGAUGCUGAAACAGCUGGUCUACAUGGACGUAUCCAAGAACAACCUGGAGAUGGUAGAUGAGCAAAUCUGCGGCUGUGAGAGUCUGCAGGACCUCCUGCUCUCCAACAAUGCCCUCACACAGCUGCCAGGCUCCAUCGGUUGAAGAAUCUUCCUUACAGUUUCACUAAACUGAACCAGAUGACUGCAAUGUGGCUGUCUGAAAAUCAGUCAAAGCCCCUGAUCCCUCUGCAGAAAGAGGAGGAUCCAGAGACGCACAAAACUGUGCUGACUAACUACAUGUUCCCCCAGCAAACCAGGACAGAGGAGUACAUUCCCAGCUCUGACUCUGAGAGCUUUAAUCCGGCUCUGUGGGAGGAGCAACGCAAGCACCGAGCUCAGGUGGCCUUCGAGUGUGACGAGGACAAGGAUGACAGAGAAGCGCCACCGAGGGAGGGAAACCUGAAGCGCUACCCUACACCAUAUCCAGACGAGCUGAAGAACAUGGUGAAGACGGCUCAGUCGGUGGCUCACAGGCUGAAGGAGGACGAGUCAGGCGACGAGUCGGGGAAAGAUGGAAAACCAGUCGAGAGGAACCACAUUGGUGUGCAGGACGUGGGUGUAAAGGUGAUAGAGGCCCCGUGCCCCAACGGCGUGGCAACAGACAAAGAGACCCAUGUAUCUGCCAAUAUAUAUGCCCAAAAUCCCUCUGCACCAGAUUCUAAAGACGCUUCAGACACGUCCUACAGCUCCCACAGAGUCCCACUGAAAUCCUCAGAGGGCUCCAUGAUGAACCACGAGGACACACUGGAGGACUCUGAAGAGCUGUCAGAUGAAGAAGAGGAAAUGAAAAUAGCAGAGAUGAGACCCCCUCUUAUUGAGAUCUCCAUCAACCAGCCUAAAGUAGUGACCUUAAGUAAGGACAAAAAAGAUGAUGGGAAAGAUGCAGACUCGUUGCUGGAUGACACUGUGGCCAACAGCAACCAGAACAAUAGUAACUGUUCAUCCCCAUCACGCAUGUCCGACUCAGUGUCUCUGACCACGGACAGCAGCCAGGACAACUCUCUGUGUACCCCCGAGAGAGAGGCAAAGAUGCCUUUCCUCCCGAAAAGCCGGCAAGAAGAUGAGAACAUGAACCAGCCUAAAGACACCACCCCUCUCCUCCAUAAUGGUAAUGGCUCUGAAACGUCCCUUCAGGCCAUUUUGAAAACCCAGCAGAUGCCACCAGAAAAAAUGGGCGACUACGACCUGUCAAUGGAAGCCAGAAUGGCCUUCAUUGAGAAGGGAAUCAACAAUGGCAUGGAAGACACCUACACGAAGUGGGACCAGAUCAAUAUGAACAUUUCCAAGCUGCCAACUGACAACAUGGUUCAGCUGGACGGGAUGGACAAGACCAAGAAUGGUUCCGUAACCCGGGAGGAGUUGGGCGGAAGGCAAACUUUCAGCAAUGACAACUUGGAGCAUUUGCGGAAUGGAAACCAGCAGGUCAGGGACUGCUUCAGCAGUCUGGGCCACAAAAGUCAAGCAGUGAGAGCGGAGCCAUCUGCCGUGCAAGUGGCCUCGACAGGCGUGACAGCCAGCAGUGACAUGUCUCUGUCUCGCAGCACAGAGGAGCUGUCUCCAGACAAAAGGUGCCAUCCCCCACAGGUGAUGAAGUCCCACAGUGUCUGUAACAUGGAAACAGGGGGCAUGAGGCUUUUCUCCUUUGAAGGGGAUGAUGAAGCAUAUGAGGCAGCAGCAAUGAGCUGGAUGGCAGGAACCGGCCCGGGACCAGGAGCUCAGGGCCAGAGCAUAGUCAGGAGCAAGUCAGCCAGUCAGUUACUCAAUGACCAGAGUCUCCAGAUCUACCCCAGCUCCUCUGCAUCUUCCUCAGACCUGCUCUCCUACUCCAAGCCUCCUGCUAGCACCAACAGAUACCCAAUCUCCUCCAGCAUGGCCAUGGGCAUCGCUCCUCCUCAGUACAAUAUUCAGUACACAAGCAGUGCCAUACCGAAAGAUAGCAUGUGGACCCAGAGGACGCCCAUGCCCCCCCCAGAGCACCAGGGCUACCUCCCUCCUCCGCCACACUCGCUAGCCAACACCAACUAUUCCAAUCGUAAUCAGGCACCUCCCUUCCCUCUAUCGCAACAGCAAAGGGGGCCUCCCAUGGCCCCUAAACCCUCUGGGGACAUGUGGGCUAUGGAGAGACUUCAUUCUACUGGCGGCCAGCCUCGCAGCAGCACUCUGCAGAGGCAAAGUAGCACCGCAUCCACAGCUUCAAUUGGUGACCCAAGGCGCAUGCAGUUGCCCGAUGGGGAAUAUAUGACUUACAGGGACAUUCACACCCUCGCCAGGGGCCCGCUGGCAAUGAGCCAGGCCGCGCAGAGGCCCCUGUCAGCUCGCACUUACAGUAUCGACGUACCCGGAGUUUCCAGGCCUCUCAUUGCGAGGCCACAGCCCCACGAGCUUCCAGAGAGGACCAUGUCUGUCUCUGAUUUCAACUAUCAGCACAGCAGCCCCAGCAAAAGGCCCAACACCCGGGUGAAGUCUGAGUACUCGCUCCUUGACGGCCCUGGAGGAGUGGGAGCAGCAAGAGUGCCGCAAGACUGGAGAGAUCAGGUGAUGCGUCACAUCGAGGCCAAGAAAAUUGAAAAGAAUGCGCUGUCUCGCUCCUAUAAUUCCAAUAACGCUCCGCUGAGCUGGUCUCACUACGGCAGCUGUAAGGAUAUGCAUGCCAGCCAAGAGUCUCUGGUCUUUAGUCCCAGAGAGGGACAGCCGAAAGGAGCUCUGGGCUUCAGUGAUGAUGUGUAUAGUCCACAAGGGCAGCAGAGCUACACCUUGGACCCCCACAGAAAAGUGCCUUUGUUGAACGGUCAGAUGGGAUCCUCUGGUCGUCCUCAGAUGACCCAGAUGAACCAGAUGCCCAUGGCUCGCCACCCUUCCAGAGAGCAGCUCAUUGAUUACCUGAUGCUCAAAGUCUCCCAGCCACAAGCACCCCCCCGGGGCCCGCAAGAAGCAAUGCAGCAAGAGUUCCGUGUGAAAGUGGAGAAGAAUCCAGAGCUGGGCUUCAGCAUAUCAGGAGGAGUGGGAGGACGAGGAAACCCCUUUCAUCCAGAUGACUAUGGCAUAUAUGUGACAAGGGUCCAGCCUGAGGGACCGGCAGCCAAGAUUCUUCAGCCUGGAGAUAAAAUUAUCCAGGCAAAUGGCUACAGCUUUGUGAAUAUCGAUCACGGGAACGCAGUGUCCUUGCUAAAGACUUUUCCGUGCACUGUGGAUAUGAUUAUCUUCAGAGAAAUGCAAGCAUAGACUCAACCGGGACUGACCUGUGGAGUGUGCGCGGGGGAUGUGAGGAAAGAAGAAGAAGAGAGACGUUUAUGUCGUCUCUCAUAUUUUUUUAUACACAGAAGAGUCUGAUGUGUCGAUUUCCGUCAGGACUAUUCCUACUCGAGAUCUUCACAGCCUUGAUUCAAACUGGGAAAACCACUGAAUGUAGUGGAACCAAGUGAGAGGGCAGCAAACAUCUGCAAGUACGAGUCCUCAAACGGCCAUCACUGUGGUAUAUAUAUUUUUAUACAAAAGAAGCUGAAGAUGCUCUGAUGCAAAUAAUUACUGUGGUCUCUGUACAGGUCAUCUUUUUCUUUUUUUCUUAGUACAAAACUCUUUAAAAUCCUUUAUCAUUAUUUGGGUUUUAUUUCUGCGCAUGGACAUGAAUUGACCACUAGGAGGGCAAUCCACUUUCUCGUGUCAUCCACUUCGCCUUUUUUUUACACUUUUAUUUAAGAUGUUGAAACCUUUUUUUUGGGGGGGGGUCUGCCAAGCGGUUUAUAUGGAGGACAGUGGUAUGUGCUUUUCACGUGGAGACGAAUGUAGAUCAAGGUGGUGUUUUGAUUUGGGGUUUGUUUUGGGAGAUUCUUUUUUUGCUUUUUGUCUCUGUGUCUUUCAAGAUCAAGGAGUUGAGAAGAGGAAAAAAAUCCUCCGCCUCUGCUUCCACAAACUUGUGAACAGCUCCUUGAAUCUGUACAUUUGAUCUAAUUUGUUAUUACGUGCUAGUUAAGUGUAAAUACGACGCAUGGCACAUUUUAUAAGUGGUUAUGUACGAACUAUUUCUCGGCUCAGAGCUUCUGGUUUACUGGCGAUGGCUCAGAGUCAGGAUAUCGUCUAUAACCCUCUGUAAAAUGACACCAUAUCGGAUUUACACACAAACAUGAGAUACAACAUAUCCAUUAGUGAACUGAGAAGGCAGAUUUCUUUGGUUAGAGCUUGACUAACUUCCCCCCCCGUCUCCAGUUUUCACUUCUAAGAGAAGCCAACAAGCUGCUAGCUGGAUCCUUGCUUAACAGACAGAUAUGGGAACGGUAUCAGUCUUCACGUCUCAUCUCUCCGCCAAAAAGCGAAAACGCUUAUUUCACACAACGUAAAUCUAAAGCAGAGGAAGCUGUGGGUGGUUCUCGUUAACCAAAGCAAGUUUGCUGUGGACAGAAGGCGAAAGCAGGAGAUGACUAAAGAGAGCUACUGGAAUAAGAACAUUUUAAAGUUUCACUUGCGUUUUAUUUUCAAGGGCUUCACCUUCCAGGCAGCCGCUGUUGAGAUGCGUGUCUGUUUUACAAGGGUUUCAGCAUCUGGCAGUAUGAUUUUCAUUUUUAAUUGUUUUUAAUAGGAGAAGACCACAGUUUGCCUUUUGUGUCUAUACAAACGUUUUAAUUCUACUUUUUACUCAUACCUUUGGAGCGAUGUCUUUUUUUUUUCUUCUUCUUCUUUGCUGUACAGAGAAUAGAGUUGGGAGAAACAAGUUGUCAAGUGCCAUAGACCUUGAGCUGUUUGAAUAGGGGAGGACCUCUGACCCCAGAACUCGAGCAAUAGUCACACGUCCACAAACUUCUGAGUACAUCUGCAUAAUGGCUAAAAAAGCAAUACUUUAAAGCCUUUAUUUUCAUUCAGAAAAACCAACAUCACAUAGCGGUUUUUUUUUAAACACAACCUUUUACUAAUCCCUGAUUGUUUUACAUGGUUUUUAUAGCGUGAAAUGUCUUCUUCUUUUUUUGUAAUGAAGCAGCACAGGACAUGUGUAUGAUAGUGCUUGAAAAAAAAAAAAUCACAUCUCUGCAUUGUGUACAAGUGAAAGUUUGUGUCACUUUACCCGAUGCUUUUUAAUGUCGGACAUUUCGAAUACCGAGGCUACUGGUGUUCAUCUGUGCAAAGAAAACAACUUCCACCGUUGAAAACCAUCUGACUGUCAACAAACUGUCAGAAGGAAAAACAUCAAAUGUUCCAUGUACCUGUCAGUUGCAUGAAAUCAGCCUGUUAGUGGUAAAUGAUUACUCAGUGAGACGUGUUUCCAGAAAACAAGUGGAAAUGAUCCAAUUCACACAGAGCAAAGACUCCAUUCAAUCCAGCAGUACAUUUGUGACCACUGAAUAGUUUGUACAGUAUAUGAUAGAAAUUUUACUUUUUAUCCUUUUAAUAAUUUGUCGUCCUGUUUGAAAGUGAAGCUGUGCCCUCAAUUUUUUAACUAAAUCUUAAACUGGUCAAAUUAAUUCGCUGGAAAACAACGAAGUAAUGUGCAGUUCCCCACACACAAAUGUUCACAAAACAUCUUAUAUUUUACACAGAUUUACUGUUUCUUAUUUGUUCUAAUUUUGUUGGUAACUUUCUUAGAGUAGAUGGGAAAAAUUGGGGGGUAAUGGUCACUUUAUAUUCACGGCAAAAACAUACAGUCUGACAUUGUAGACAAUCUACGGAGAUCAAACAUUUUCGUCAUCCAUGUUGGUCUGUUUCUUACGAUCCCGUAUUUGUUCUUAUUUAUUUAGAAGUCUUCUAUGGACUUUAGACCUUAUUAAUCAAAUUGUAAAUACUCUAAGAAAAUUUGACAAAAGAGUUAUUAAUGGCAUUAGUGACUUGCGAUUGUAAAACCAGCAAUAAAUUGCAAUGCAGAGGCACCUGUUUUAAUGUAUAGCUAGUAUUUCUAAGGUUUCUUUGGAAACCGUCACAGUGAGAGGAUUGAUAUGCAUUUAUCCAACAUUCCAGAUUUUGUACAUAAUUAACUGUUUCUGAAGUAACCUGUGGAAAAUAAACUAAUGCUCUUUACCAACAA